AUGAUGGUAUUUAAGUCCUCGAUUACCAAUCCACCCAAUUACAAAUCCCUCGUUCGGACAAGAGUGAGCGCCAUCGAUAUGGACAUAUGCGUGGCUAUUUUCCUCGAGGGAUCAUAUUCGGGUGUCCACAUGAUCCGCCUUGGAUACGCACGAAAUGCCUUUGUCAACAGUGACUGCACCACCGAAUACGGAAGCAUGUCUUGA